GCGCCGGUGCUCGUGAUGGCGGGCGAGGUGCGGUCCGUGGUGCUCAAAAGGGGUCCGGAGGGCGGAUUCGGGUUCUCCAUCCUCGGCGGUUCUGGCUCCGAGCUGCCCCCGAUCGUGUAUGAUAUCGUAGCGGGCUCGCCAGCCUCCAAUAGUGGCCAGCUGGAGGCGGGCGAUGUGAUUCUGGAGGUGAAUGACCAGGAGGUCAGUGACCUCACCACCAAAGAAGUGCUGAAAUGUCUGCGGCUCUCGGAGCAGUCGGUCUCGCUCAAACUGCGGAAAGAUGACGCGGUCCGGCAGCGGGUCCGCCAGUACCUGCAGUCGCCGCAGACCCUGGAGCAGCUGCGGCCGGCCAUCACCCAGCGCGACCUGGCGCACGUCCGAGAGGUGGUGGCCAUGAAGGGCUCGUCGCGCCGCGCGCCGGCCGCCGUGCCGCGCGUGCCGCUGGUACACAGCCCGCCCAAGGGGCGCGCCAAGCCGCUGCCGCCGCCGUCCGAGGCGCGCCGCCAGACGGACGGCGCGGCGCACACCAACGGGCACGGCGGCGCGCCGCCGGCGCCGGCCGACGGACGGCCGCGCUUCGAGGCGUUCACCAUGACCGGCGAGCUGAUGCUGAAUCUGUCGCGUCUGCCGGCCGACGAGCUGCCGCCGCCGGGCCCGCCGCCGGCCGCCGGCGGCGGCUCGGCGCCCACCAGUCCGCCAGCGGCUCCGUCCGGCGGCGGCGGCGGCCUGUUCCGCGGCUCCCGCUCCGAGGACCGGCUCCUGUCUCCGCCGGCGGAGGCGGACUCCGCAGCGGAGCGGGCCGGAUCCGUGGACCCACUGCCCGACACCGACACGGCGCGGGGCAACGGACCGAGUCCGGCACAGCGAAUACUCGAACAGGACAACGACCGGGGGGACGAACAGGGCAACGGCCGGGGGAGCGACCGGGGUAACGACCUGGGGAGCGACCAGGGUAACGACCGGGGGAGCGACCAGGGUAACGACCUGGGUAACGACCAGGGUAACGCACAGAGCAGCGGCCGCAGUGGGACGGCGAGCGGCCGGAGCGGCGAGCGGACAGACGCCACCGACACCGGCCGGCCGUGUGGUGAGAGCCGGCUGAACGGAGAGAGUACCGAGCAGAGCGGAGCACACGACGCCGGCCCCGGCAGUCCCGACUCGGACGACGGCUCCGACUCGGAGAGCCAGCGCAGCCUGCCGCCGCCCUGCCCCAGGGCCGUGGAUGGGCCGUCGGCCGGCCGGCUCGCCAAGCGGCUCUACAUGCUGGAGGGCUUCCGGCGCUCCGACGUCUCCAGGCACCUCGGCAAAAAUAACGAGUUCAGCCGGGCGGUGGCCGAGGAGUACGUCAAACACUUUGACUUCAGCGGCUGCUCGCUGGACGCGGCUCUCAGCCAGUUCCUGGAGCGGUUCUCGCUGACCGGGGAGACCCAGGAGCGCGAGCGGGUGCUGGUGCACUUCAGCCGCCGCUACAUGGACGGCAACCCGGCCGCCUUCAACUCCGUCGACGCGUGCCACACCCUGACCUGCGCGCUGAUGCUGCUCAACACCGACCUGCACGUGCAGCACGUGCCGCGCAAAAUGACCUGCGCAGAGUUCGUCGACAACCUGUCGGAGCUGAACGACGGCCGGGACUUCCCCGAGGAGACGCUGCGGCGGCUGUACCAGGCCAUCCGGGCGCGGCCCAUACACUACGCCGCCGAUGACGAGUACGAGGAGAUGGAGGCGGCUCCGGCGACCGGCCUGUCACCUGGCGGCGGCGUGACGAACCCGUUCCUGGCGGCGCCUGAUCCCGAUAAGGCCACAGAGUACAAGCGCGGCUACAUGAUGCGGAAGUGCUGUCUGGACGCCGGCGGGAAGCGCACGGCGCUGGGCCGGCGCUCGUGGCAGAUGUUCCACUGCACGCUCCGCGACCUGGUGCUGUACCUGCACAAAGACGAGAGCGGCUCGCGGCGGGCGGCUGCCUUCGAGCACCUGCACAACGCCAUCAGGGUGCACCACGCGCUGGCCUCCAAGGCUGAGGACUACGUGAAGAAGCAGCACGUGUUUAAACUGCAGACGGCUGAUCAGGCCGAGUAUCUGCUCCAGACCAGUGACGCCAAGGAGCUGCAGUCGUGGGUGGACACGGUGAAUUUCGUGGCGGCCAGUCUCUCCUCGCCGCCUCUGCCGGGCGCCGUGGGCAGUCAGAGACGCUUCCAGCGACCGCUGCUGCCGUCCGGAGUCACCUCCCGCAGCCUGCACGACCAGCUGCUGGGCCACGAGGACCGGCUGGCGGAGAUCGAGUCCGAGCUGUCGGAGCUGGACGCCGCCACCGACCCGGAGGGCAGGCCCAGCCACCACCAGCGGCAGUACCAGCGGCACAAGGCCGCCUUCCUGCAGACAGAGGCGGUGCGGUACCGCACCUACUGCCAGCUGCUGCGCUCCAAAAUGGCCGCCGAGCCGCCGCCGCCAGCGCCCCUGGCGGCCGCCGCCGCAGUCUCGCCUACCGCAGCAGCCGACAGAGGGCGGCCCGGGCGGACGGCCGACAGCGCUGUCUCCGCGGAGGAGGAGCCCUCGGCCGCCGCCGGCUCUGGCGCCACCAAGGAGCACCUGCUGUCGGCUAAGAAGCAGCGGCGCCCCACCCCGGACCAGGCGCAGACGGGGCAGACAGUGGCGGACAGCGCCGCGGGAGCAGACGGCAGCGUGCCGCCGCCGGACGGGGAGGGUGCGGCCGCAGCUGAGCGGCCGGCCACCGGUACAGCCGCCCAGGGUACUCCUGCCACCGGUACAGCCGCCCAGGGUACUCCGGCCACCGGUACAGCCGCCCAGGGUACUCCGGCCACCGGUACAGCCGCCCAGGGCACUCCGGCAGGCGCCUCAGCCGCCGCAGACGGUGAAGUCACCGCCAAGAAGAAGCGCCGCUGGUGGCAGAAAUGAGCCGCUCCGUUAGAGGCCAAACGGCGCGGCUGGAGGCCCGCUCCGGUAGAGGCCGAACGGCCGCGGACCGGACCGGACUUUGUUAGAGGCCGAGCCGCGGACCGGGUCGGACUCUGUUAGAGGCCGAGCCGCGGACCGGGCCGGGCCUGACUCUGUUAGAGGCCGAGCCGCGGACCGGACCGGGUCGGACUCUGUUAGAGGCCGAGCCGCGGACCGGACCGGGUCGGACUCUGUUAGAGGCCGAGCCACGGACCGGGCCGCUGCAGGAGACCCAGCGGCCGCGGACCAGGCCGCUGUCUGCGCCUGUGUGCCCCCGCUGGCCUGUCUGGGCCGGUGUGUGUGUGUCUGUCUGCUCCCCAGUCCGUCUGUUUCUGUGUUACCAGCCGGCGGAGGUGUGUGUUCGCCGCGGCCCGCAGUAACACGGUGUGCUCCCCGCGCUAACCCCGGCUGUGCCCCCCGGCCGGUUAGGCCGCCAUUAGUCGGCGCGUCUGCCCCCGCCCGGAGAGUUGAGUCACGGCGCCGCCUGUGUGAUUUCAGUGCCACUGGCUCUGCCGGAUAUUGCGCCGUUAGAUGUGUUGGAUAUGACGUGAGUAGGUACUGGUAGGCGCCGCCGUGUCAGUGGCCGUGUGUCUGUGUGUCUGUGUGCUGAAUGUAGGUACAGAGCUACAAUACAAAAACCGGCGGAAA